AUGUUUACUUAUUUUGUCAUUAUAGAAGAUAACCAACAACAGACGAUUUCACCUUUUUCCCCAUUGAACGAUAGACUCAGAGAAAUCCAGUAGUAUCAACAGGAUGAGGAUGUGGAUGAUGAAUUCUAUUCAAAUGAUAAUGAGUUGAUUCAUCAUAAUAGCAAUAUUUUGAAAAUGACUGAAGCAUCCUACAAUGAUCAGCAGUAAUAGCAAUAGUAUUUUACUUCACCCUCUAAAAUUAUCAAUACUUUGCCCUCGCAAGUUCAGUAUAACUCUGAUAUUAUUGGCACUUAGUACCUUGAAGCGUAGGAUGACUUUGCAUAUCAAUACUACAAUCAGCCAUUGGAAUCUCAAAUGAUUUACAAGUCACCAGAAGAUAAGAAAAAGAACAGCCAAUCCUUUGCUUAAAACACAGCAGAUCCAAAUCAGAACAAUAGUGCCGUUAACAAUUCAAGUGCAAGUAUGAAUAACAGUAAUGGCAAUAAUCUAAACAAUAUUAUACAAAAGCAAUCAUUUUCACUAAGAAAUUUCAGUAAAACAAAUGGUGGGACUGGUGGAUAGGCCAUUCCAUCUACGAUCAUAUCUAAGUUUGAUAAGCCCAUUCAGAAAAAGAUAGCCUAUAACAUCAGAGAGGCGAUUUAGAAAAACGAUUUGAUAAGGAUUCGUAAUGGGUCUCCAGGUCAGAGAACUAAAAAUCUAAUUGAUGAGUCAAACAUGCCAAGUACUGAUCCCAGUUAUCAAACUUUGCCUGAUCCUUCUAAUCCCUAUAGCAUAUUGUCACCAGCUGAAUAAAAGGCUGCAGAUGCCUUUGGAAGGAAAAAGAGCUUUGAGAACGACAUGGUCAAUCAUGGUAUCAUCGAAGACAUCUAGGAGAUCGGCAGGUUUAACUAUGUCCUCCUGAGUAGAAGUGUAGAAUUUGAAUAGUAUGAUGAAGGUUAGAUCAGUAAUAUGUGCAGUCAGAACAAUUAUAUAGGUAACUUUAAACAGAGUCCAAAUGGUUCGGUGGUACAACCCUCUUAAGAUGCAGCUAACGGACAAUAAAUUAAUAGCGAAAGCACACAGAAGUACUUGCUGCCUUAUCAAAGAAGAAUAAAAAGCAUAAAAAUGGGUUAGAUGCCUGUAAAUAAAAAUACUCGUUUAGCCAAACUUUAAAACGAACCCCGUUCUCACAGUCUAGACAAGCAAAACAGACUUGAACAAAUUCUCAAUAAUAAAAAAGAUCAAUCGAGAUUGGUAAAAGGAGGCAAGCAAAACAUCCAAUUGCCACCCAUGCAAAGUAAAUCGUUCAAAGGUGACCUCAAUGAUUCAAUUGCUUAAGCCAAAGCUAAAAAUCUAUCUUCAAAAAAGAAUCCUUUUCAGCAAAGAAGAACGACUAAUUCAGAUGAUGAGCAGUUGAUAACUGAGCGCAAGGGCGACUCAAUUCAAGCCAAGCAGUCUCUGACAUUCAAUGAAAAAGACAAGUCCAAUUCACUCAACAGAAAUAUGAGUCAGUCAUAACUGACAGCAGGCUUAGAUCCUAAUGAUGGCAAGGAAGUUGAGCUGAAGGCUUAGAGUGGGGAGAACAGUUAGCUGUUUAUGGAAAACAGCUCGAUCUCUUAGACACUUAACAAUUCCAUCACUAAAGGUAGUGGUCAAUACUAGUCAUAGUAAUACGUAGGAUCAAGAGAUGCUGUUGAAAGACCAAAGAUUACUCUAAAUCUUAUGGAUGUUUCUUUCUAAGAACAAAAUCUUGCCUCUGUCCUAGAAGUAAUUCAGUCUUUUAUUUUAACUAAAUUUUAGAGUUUAAGUACUAAUUAAAACGCAUCUUUAUUUUGCGAUGAUUGGUGGGAUGUAACAGAAACUGGUAACUGCACUUAGAUUGUAGCUACCCAAGUCAUCAAAGAUAUCUAUCUUAAAUAAGCCAUUCUUAAAUCACAGAAAUAUGAAACAAUAUCUAUUGGUGUUGUCUAAUUCUACCAUCUUCUUGCAAAUGAAUAGCUAGCUCCUGAAUAAAGACAUCAGAUAAACAACUCACUCAAGAAUUUAGUCUUCUUUACCCACCAAAACUUCCUGAUUCUUGCUUAAAUCAUUAUGUCCAGAGUUCUGAAGACUAAGUCAAACCAGUGGGCACAGAAUCUUAAUAAAAUUCUAGACAAUAAAAUGCUUAAAAAGAUCAAAACAAAGGGGGAAGCAGUUUAAUUGCUUAAAGUACAUAUGUAAAAUGCUGAGAAUAUCUUGAGAAACUUAAUCAAGCAGAAUGCAAAGAAAAGAUUCUUUUAAAUGAUUGGGGACUGGAUGAAUAUGAUAACUAACGUACCUAAUGAAAAGCUAAGAGAAGUGCUGUACAACAUUGAGGCAUUCAGAUCAGAUGCACUGAAUAUAAUACCUGCUGAGCCUAAACCUGCUUAAGGUAAGGCUGGUACUCUAGCUUCAAAGGCUAUAUCUAGUUCAACUAAAACCAGUGGAGCAUCGAAUCUUGUAGGCGCACCAUCAGGAGGUGGGUCUUCUCUGACAGGCAAGAAUCCAUUUGCCAUUCUUAAGGCAUCAGCUAUUGCUUCCUCUUAAUCAGCUCAGUUCCCGAAUAACUUCACUAACCUGCCAAAAGUAUCUCCUCCUUUCCUGCCUCCACUUGAAGGAGAUGCAAAGAAUAAUACCUAUACCUUAGUCCUUGAUCUCGAUGAGACUCUCAUCCACAAUGUUGAGGUAAUUAAAUUGAUCAUAUUAAUUGUUUUCUAAUAGUAUGGAGCAGAUAGCUACUUUUUGGUGCGACCGGGCUGUGUCUACUUUAUAGAGCUGAUGGCUAAAUUCUACGAGAUAGUUAUAUUUACAGCAGCGCUCUAAGACUAUGCAGACUAGGUGAUAGAUCAGAUAGACAUAAAUCAAAACAUAAAAUACAGACUUUACAGAUAGCACACCUCCUAGAACGGUCCCUUCCUGGUGAAGGACCUGAGUCUACUGGGGAGAGAUCUGUCCAAGACUAUUAUCAUUGAUAAUAUAUCAGAUAACUUUAUCCUCCAGCCAGAUAAUGGGAUCUUUUGCUCAACCUGGUAUGACGAUAUGAGCGACAACUUUUUGGAGGAGAUCUCCCCACUGCUAAUAGAAUUAGUCGAGAAAAAGCUGCCAGAUAUCAGGAAGGGUCUCCGUUCAUACAGAGACCAGAUACUCAGAUAAAUAUCAAACGGUGUUGGCGGCCAAGGGACUACCCCUUAGGUAAUGUUUGAGUGA